AUGGCCCAAGAUGGCGAAUACGAGGCGGGCGUUGGCUCAAAGCAGGCUUCGGUAUCUGGGGAACGCAGUUCCACGAAGGAAGCUGCGGAGUCGUUCUAUAUUUCUUUGUCUUCAACGCAGUCGCAUUCCAGCUUGAACGUCGAGAAGCUCAGUGUGACCUCCGUGCCUCUGCUCGUGGGACUAGUAGCCCACUACGCGAUCGGAGGCCGGGGUCUAGACGCCGCUCCCUAUUUCAGGGGCGGACGCCUCAGCGGAAGCAUGCUUGUAGACGUGUCUCAGCAGCCCACCCUACUGGCGUCCCUGAACCGGUCGGUGAAUCCGUGCCACAACUUCUAUCGCUUCGUGUGCGAUGGCUGGCUUGCACGCCAGGGCGACAGGCUCUCCCUACUUGAAGAGCUGGCUCUGACCGCCCAGCGGAACGCGGCCACCAUUCUGAGGCACAUCCAAGUUCCCGCUGUAGGGUCAAUAAGCGCCGUGCACAAGGCGGCUUUGCUGAUGCAAAAGUGCCUCCUUUCGUCACGAUGGCCUCCGAGACCCGAAGCGCUGCUGCAGUUCAUGGCCAGUGUGGGACUAACGUGGCCUCAGCCGACGACCAUGAACACGUCAGGUCUCAUCAGCCUCAUGGUCCGAAUGUCUAUAAGCUGGGACUUGAACGCCGUGUUCAAGCUGGAGUUGCUGCCGACGCCAAAGAGGGCCGGCGGAAGACCCCGCUGGGUCCUGUCAGCCAGCACUCAGCUCGACUCGUGGCGUCAAGAGCGGAGGCGUCUCGGACCCGAGUAUCUGACCCGAAUACGGCAGUACGUCGAAGGAUUCUCUGACACACGGGUCACCAGAUCACUAGUGGACUCCAUUUUCGAGGCCGAUGACGAAGUGCUGCGAGUCACCAACGUGUAUACUGGUGGACGAGAGUCGCGGGCCAUUGACAAGCUCUACGAAGUUGCACCAGAAUUUCAGGCAAGCAGUCAGAAAGUUCGAGAUGCAGGUGUUUCUUCAUUGCGUCGGGGAUGGGAGGCUGGAAAAUACCGAAACUAUGCAGCAAACAACGAGACCUCGGCAUGGUUGGAUGCCAUGAACGAAGUGACGCGGCCGCACUUUGAGGUGAACGGAAGUGACGUCAUCAGCGUGUCCAACGUGCGCUUCCUGGCGGCGUUGCAGCGCCUCCAGCAGAACCUGAACGCGCAAAAGCCACGCGUCGUUCCGAUGUACCUGAGCUGGUACACGCUUCGCACCCUGGGGUGGACCGUCGCACCGAACACUCCCGAGUGGCAGCAAUCGAGCGGAAGCGAGCAGCAGCAGCGUUGCUUCGGCACGGUUCACCAGGUCAUGCCGUUGGCCGCAGCCAAGCCCUACGCAGACGCGGCAUCUUGGGACAGAGGCCUGAUCGAGGAGCUCUUCGAGGCCUCGAAGCGAUCGUACAGGAAGCGCAUCGAUCGGAGCACGUGGAUGGACGAAGCGACGCGUCAGUUCGCCCGGGACAAGAUCCGCUCGGUGAAUGGAGUCGUUCCCGCGCCGGGUCUCAUCUGGAACGCGAGCGCGCUUGAACGAACCUACGAGUGCGUCCCACUUGGCCGGGAGCUGUCCUUCCUGACGUACCUGUCGGAAGCGAGGCGGUGCAAACAGCGACUUCUCCUUAGCGCGGCCGCCAGCGGCCAGAGCUCGCCAGAGACGAUCACGUGGACGUCGCCCACGGCCUAUCUGGUGCGCUACCUGGAUGUCUACAACAGCGCCGUCCUCAUGGGCUCCGUGCUCUAUCCCCCCGUGCUUCAGACAUCCGGCGACCACCGCGACGUAUUCAACUACGCCGGCCUGGUGUUCCUCUUCUCCAAACUACUCUACGGAGCCGUAGGCCAGCGGGGCAGCCUUCGUGACAGCGCGGGCUCCCUCAGACCCUGGUGGAGCAACGCGACGCACGAGGGCUUCUCUCGAGCCGUGCGCUGCUUCGAAGACCUGUACCAGUUCGACGCCCGCUUCAUCGACGACGACAUAGGCGCCGCGGUGGCGGCGACCGUCGCUUUCGCCGCGUACGAGCGGCGCCUCCGAGAUUUGUACGCGCUACACUCCGCCGGUCUCUGGAGGCGCGCUCUCCGGUGGAUGCUCAGAUGGCCUCGCUGGUUCAGCAGCGCUGGACGGGACGAUUUCGCGGACGACCAGGCGUUCUUCAUGAACCACUGCCUGCUCUUUUGCUCGCGCAAAGCUUCGAGCUUGUACUCGGACGGUUGGUUGUCGGCGGAGCAAAAGUGCAACCUGCCCCUUAAAAACAGUCCCGAUUUCUGGCGCGCUUUUCAAUGCGGGAAGGGUGAUGCUAUGAGGGCCAGCAAGUCUUGCGAGUUGAUUUGAAAUGCGGGCGAGGAUGCCGUAUAUGGGUCAUCGCUUGAUUUAUAACCAUGCAUUAGAUGAAAAUACUGGCGCAUCAUGGCACGAAUCUGAUGGGCGUGGCCUCAUGCAAUUUGAUGAAGCUGUGGAAACUUCUGCAAAGUAGUUUUGCCAAGUCCUUUUUUUUUACAAGUGGAACAAGUAUAUAGGUUUCCGUAUCUGACACUCAUGAUUUGUAUUGCCACGACUGUGUUUAUGAUAGUGUAUUGUAUUGUCCUGCGUUUGUUUGAACUUUCCGCUACCCUUGAGAAUCGUUGGUCUUACCUUGAUUAUCUAUAGACGUUAACACAGCUCUGUUAAUUGUAAUUGCUUAUUACUGUACAAAUGUAACGCGCAGCACUCGAACUGUCUCAUCUGUAGUAAUGCCUUCAAGGCAACGCAGAUAUUUUGGAAAUAAAUGAAUCAUAUG